UCAGCAACCGAGCGACAAGGAAAACGCGAACGCCGGCGCCCCGUCGCCACUCCCUUUAUCCCCCAAACUUUCCUCACCCGAGUCUGCGCACCCUCCCUAUCUCACUCCUCACCUCAACCAUGUCCGUCGAUUUCGCGAACGGCUCGCCUCUGGCGACAGCGCUACAAGACCUCGUCCAGCCAAAGCUCGCUGAGUUCGGAUGGACGACGGGCGGCGAAGACACGACGCUCUUCGAGUAUAUACUCGCGCUGCUUGCGAACGACAAGAACGAAGACCAGGUCGCCUCUGAGCUCUCCAACGAUCUCCUCGACCUCGGGCCCGAGAAUCUAGAGACACAGCAGUUUGCGCACUGGCUGUUCGAGCAGAUCGAUCUCCUCCGCCGGCAGCUGAACGGCGGUGACGCAGAGGUCCCAGAUGCCCAUGGAAACCAGAUGGAUGGCGACGGCUCGGCGCCCCCACAGGACACCGAGAUGGAAGGCGUUUCAGAGCCCUCGCAGGGCAGCAUACCUACCGGACCCAAGGCCAUGCGCAACGGCAGCGGCGCCAAGCCAGCCCGCGGUGGUGGUCGCAUGCUGAACCAGCUUAACAAGCAGAUGAACCGAAACGACGACUCCGCUCUGCAUCGUGUUCGAGGCUCGCAGGGCGCUGGCCGAAUUAACUCGCACUCGCGAGAGCCUCCGAAGGGGCCUCGUAGCCAGCAGAUCGGCCGUGGCCUGGACGCCAUGGCAAACGGCAGAGGCAUGAGCAACAUGAACAUGACACACGGCGCCAUGCCUGGAAUGAACGGCAUGAACAUGGGCGCGAUGCCAGGCAUGUCAAUGCCACCCAUGGGACAAAACGGAAUGCCGGGCAUGCUCAACCCGCAGCAACAAAUGGCCCUCAUGCAGAUGUACGAGCAGCAAGCCCACAUGAUGCAGCAAAUCUUCUCUGGUCAGACUCCGCAGCCGUUUGUGAAUCCCAACUUCCAGCAGGGCAACCGUAAUAAGAAGCCUCUCAACGAGCGCAUGAAUAGGACCUCAGGCCAAGCCAACAGGCUAGGUCUGCCACCGUCGACAAAGUUCACGAAGAAGGAGGGUCAAGACGAGAACAUGGCGGAUGGACCCGCAGCAGAGAACGGCGACAACAUGGAGGUGGAGACGUCGAGGCCGGAUCCUUCGACGACCAUGUGCAAGUUCAACCUGCGAUGUACCAAGCCCGACUGCCCCUUCGUCCAUCAGUCGCCAGCCGCCCCUAAGGAGGGAAUACCGGUAGACAUGAACGAUACCUGCAGCUAUGGCGCCGCUUGCAAGAACAAGAAGUGCGUCGGCAAGCAUCCUUCUCCGGCUCAGCGACAUCAAUUCCAGGCCGAGCAGGAGUGCUUGUUCUACCCCAACUGUCGCGACCCCGCCAACUGCCCGUACAAGCAUCCUACCAUGCCAGCUUGCCGCAAUGGCGCCGACUGCACGACCCCCGGCUGCAAAUUCUGGCAUAGCUCCGUCACGUGCAAAUUUAACCCGUGCACCAAUAUCCGCUGCCCGUACAAGCAUGCCGAGGGCCAGAAGCGCAAUUCGUCCAAUGUGUGGGUCGCGCCAAAGGCAGGAGAGGAAGACAAGAAGGAGCAUGUCAGCGAGAGGAAGUUCAUUGACGAAUCACAAGAGGAGGAGCUCAUUCUCCCGGACAAGGCUGAGGUUGCAGAGUCAGCAAUGUGAGCGAAUAUGGUUGGUUUAGAGAUGGGGAAGCGAUAUGGAUGAAAGAAUGGCCGAGUUCAUGAGGUGCGGCGACGGCGGCCCUACUGCCUAAGCGCAAGGGUCACAGUAUUUGUAUUAUAGUUGAGGAUACCGAUGGGGCUCGGCGUUAAUGGUUCGGGAGGCAUACCUUGGUCUGGCAUACUCAGGGGUUGUCAAUCUGGAGGGAUUUCUUUGAAAAUGGGUAUUUUGUUUCUGCGGCCUGCGGGCUGCUCUUCUC